AUGGUGAAGGAGACGGCGUAUUACGACAUCCUCGGAGUGAACCCCAAGUGCACCGCCGAUGAGCUGAAGAAGGCGUACCGUAAGUUGGCGCUGAAGUAUCACCCUGAUAAGAAUCCCAAUGAGGGCGAGCGCUUCAAACUGAUCAGUCAGGCCUACGAAGUGCUGUCCAAUGAGGACAAGCGCCGGGUGUACGACCAGGGAGGCGAACAGGCCAUCAAAGAGGGCGGCAGUGGUGGUCACGGCUUCUCCUCCCCGAUGGACAUCUUCGAGAUGUUCUUCGGAAUGGGUGGCGGACGCAGAGGUCAGGAAAGGGGUCCCAAACGCGGCAAAGACGUGGUCUACCAGAUGUCGGAACACCAGGUCUUCAAGAGGGUCCGCACCGACGAUCUGCUCAUUAACCUCGACCUCACUCUCACGGAAGCGUUGUGUGGGUUCCAGAAAGGAGUGAAAACACUGGACAAUAGAACUCUUGUGUUGACAUCACUUCCGGGAGAAGUAGUAAAACACGGAUCAGUAAAGUGUGUGAUGGGAGAGGGAAUGCCUCGCUAUAAGAGUCCGUUUGAAAAGGGAAAACUCAUCAUUCAAUUCCUGGUGAAGUUCCCCGAAACCAUUGAUCCCAUAUUCGUGACCCAACUCGAGAACAUACUGCCCGCCCGACCGCGCGUUGAACUCCCGAUGGAUGACCAGCCCGUCGAAGAGGUGACUCUCAUGGAGAUGGACAUUGAACGCGAGAGAGCCAACCAAUCCAGAGGUCACGGACGGCCAGGUGAGGCCUACAGCGAGGAUGACUUCGAGCACUCGCACCAGGGCCCAGGAGUUCAAUGUGCAACACAUUAA